CGGAUGAGGCAGAGUCCUCCCCCUUUACUCGCCGUGCACAGACGAAGGGGGGAGGAGAAGAGCGCUAACCCGCACACACCGCCGGUAUAAGGCUCCUGCGGCUACCGCUCGUAACCCCAGCGCUCAGCUGGCUCUGUUCACAAGCCAUUUCUACCCCUGCCUCUUUAAUUGGCUCGCUGCUGCCUGAUUCUUCCUGUUCUUCACUCUCUGGUGAUGGAAUAUCUGUCAGCAGAUAUUUUUGUUGUCCCUCCUCCUCCUGGCUGCAGAUCAUUGCUGUGUGGGAGGGCAGGGAUGGUCCUGCUCUUUAACAUUUCUUGCUAGACAUCCACAUGCGGCACGUUAUCCUUUGCCGCUCGGGGUUUGCUUUGCAUGGUCGUGCUCCUGAGUUCGGUACCGCCGCCGCUACUGCCGCUGCCGCUUCUUCACAUGUAUUUGGGCUCAUCCUCACCCGAGCGAUAUUAUGGUGAAAUUCCCAGCACUCACACCUUACUGGCCGCUCAUCCGCUUCUUGGUUCCUUUGGGGAUCACCAAUAUAGCUAUUGACUUCGGGGAGCAGGCUUUAAAUCGUGGCAUUGCUGCUGUAAAAGAAGAUGCCAUCGAGAUGCUUGCCAGCUACGGUCUGGCAUACUCCCUAAUGAAAUUUUUCACCGGUCCCAUGAGCGACUUCAAGAACGUAGGCCUUGUGUUUGUAAACAGCAGAAGAGACCGAACGAAGGCUGUACUCUGUAUGGUCGUAGCAGGCAUUGUGGCAGCCAUCUUUCACACCCUAAUAGCAUAUAGCGACCUGGGAUACUACAUAAUAAACAAGCUUCAUCAUGUGGAUGAGUCUGUUGGAAAUAAAACACGGAAGGCCUUCCUUUACCUUGCAGCUUUCCCGUUCAUGGAUGCCAUGGCUUGGACACAUGCUGGUAUUUUACUUAAGCACAAAUGCAGCUUCCUCGUUGGAUGCGCCUCCAUCUCUGAUGUUAUAGCACAGGUCGUGUUUGUUGCCAUUCUCCUCCACAGUCACCUGGAGUGCAGGGAGCCUCUGCUUAUUCCGAUCCUUUCAUUGUACAUUGGAGCCCUUGUCCGCUGCACAACAUUAUGCUUGGGUUACUAUAAGAACGUACAUGACAAGAUUCCCGAUAGCAGUGGUCCAGAGUUAGGAGGAGAUGCUACAAUAAGAAAGAUGCUGAGUUUUUGGUGGCCUUUAGCACUAAUAUUGGCUACUCAGCGGAUCAGCAGACCAAUCGUCAAUCUCUUUGUCUCACGUGAUUUAGGAGGUAGCGCAGCAGCCACAGAGGCUGUGGCGAUCCUUACUGCUACAUAUCCUGUUGGACACAUGCCAUACGGUUGGCUCACUGAACUCCGAGCUGUCUACCCUGCUUUUGACAAGAGUAAUCCUACCAACAAAACGGCGUCAAGCAACAGCACAGUGACCAAAACCCACAUUAAGAAUUUUACUUUCUUUUGCAUGGCUCUUUCCCUAACGCUAUGUUUUUUGAUGUUCUGGACUCCAAAUGUAUCAGAGAAGAUCCUUGUAGACAUCAUCGGGGUGGAUUUCGCAUUUGCAGAGCUUUGCGUCAUUCCUUUGAGACUCUUCUCCUUCUUCCCAGUACCAGUUACUGUGCGGGCCCACUUAACUGGUUGGUUGAUGACACUGAAGAAGACAUUUGUGCUGGCGCCCAGUUCUGUUUUAAGGAUUAUUGUCCUCAUUUCCAGUCUUAUCAUCUUACCUUACCUGGGUGUACAUGGAGCCACAUUAGGAGUAGGAUCACUUCUGGCUGGCUUUGUAGGCGAAUCAACUAUGGUUGCUAUUGCAUCUUGUUAUGUAUACAGGAAGCAGAAAAAGAAGGCAAAAGAGUCUGGAAACACAGUGGAAGGAGAAGACUCUGCAAUGACUGACCUGCCUCCAACUGAGGAUAUUACGGACAUAGUUGAGAUGAGAGAAGAUGGAGAAUGAGUUAGAGUGCAAGAGCUUCGCAAGAGCAGUCAGUAUGGCCCUCUAUGCGUUUUUAUUUACGGAUCCAUUGUAUUUUAUGGAAACUUAGGUUUAAAGACUCCAAUUUUUAGCAUACCGAGUAUGCUUCUCACAGAGUGACCAUGAUUUUAACAAUACUUUAUUGUCAUCCCAGCCACUGGACUCAAGUGGCAACAUGACAGAGGAGAGACAUUUGCCACUUGACAUACUUCAGCAUCUGUUAGACAAUCUCCAUUUGUCAACCAAAAUCGCUCCUGUCACCGCUAAUAACGAAGCUGCCGUCCUAAUAGUUCACUGUAAGCCCAACACCUCCAUUUUCAGGCUCAGAAGAUGGCCCUGUUUUAUUUUGUGUGUUUUCAACCAAACUGAUUACCUUGUCAUGUAUUGUGAACAAUUCAAAAGUGCAAAAGGGAUUUACUUUUAGAAAAUGCUGUAGUGACCAACAAGGCUGUGUAAUAAUCAGAAAGCAGCCUGGGUAUUUCUCAUGAAUCAUGUUAGUGAGUAUGUGAUGUCAUACAACCUGGG